GAUUGACAGAGCUGUCAGUGCUGCUGCAGUCACUCAAACCAUGGCCACGGCACAGACCCUUCUGAUUAUUGGAAUAUUUGUUUUAGUAGGCUUUGAUGGAUGUUUCUCCGCUAGUCCUGAGGAGGAGCAGAACCCAAACUUUUGGUAUGUUAAGGGUAAAGAGGCUCUUCGUGCAUCCCUCUCCAUGACGUUCAACAUGCAUCGUGCUAAAAAUCUUAUCCUCUUCCUUGGAGAUGGCAUGGGAAUCAGCACUGUAACCGCAGCAAGAAUCCUGAAGGGACAGAUGGAAGGGAAGACAGGAGAGGAGAGUGCCCUGGCCAUGGACUCAUUCCCUCAUCUGGCUCUCUCCAAGACCUACAAUGUUGAUCAGCAGAUGCCUGACAGUGCAGCAACAGCCACUGCAUAUCUCUGUGGUGUGAAGGCAAACUAUGGCACUCUGGGCCUAAGUGCAGCCGCACGCCGCUAUAACUGCAGCACCGCUAAAGGCAACGAGGUCAAAUCAAUUCUUCAUAAGGCAAAGAUGGCAGGGAAGUCUGUUGGCAUAGUAAGCACGACACGUGUCCAGCAUGCAUCACCCGCCGCCAGUUACUCCCACACUCCUGAAAGAGGCUGGUACAGCGAUAAAGAGCUGACCUCUGAAGCUAUCGCAGGGGGAUGCAAGGAUAUUGCAUACCAACUCGUCCAUAAUACUGAUAUAAACGUUAUUUUAGGUGGUGGAAGACAGUACAUGUUUCCCAAGGAAACUGUUGAUCCUGAAUACCCCACAGUUACAGGGAGCCGAGAAGACAAAACAGAUCUCGUUCAAGAGUGGUUAAAAAACAGAGAAAAUUCCAAAUAUGUGUGGAAUAGAAAAGACUUUGAUGAUGUCAAUGAGGGCCAAACUGAUUACUUGAUGGGGCUUUUUGAGCCAUCGGACACCAGGUACGAGUUGGAACGCGACCCUUCAAUGGACCCAUCGUUGACAGAAAUGGUGGAAAAAGCCAUCAAGAUUCUUCGCAAAAACUCUAAAGGAUUCUACCUCUUUGUGGAAGAUAAGAGGAUAAUACGUGUUGUUUCCAUUGCAUAACCCUUAAGAUGUGUUGAGUGUACUUAUUUUUGUGUGUUUUCUUUCCUGUAAGUGGGAGAAUAGAUCAUGGCCAUCAUGCAGGCAAGGCCAAGUAUGCUUUGACUGAGGCUGUGGAAUUUGACAGGGCCAUUGCGCGGGCGGCUGAGCUGACAAGUGAACUUGACACCUUGUCCGUGGUGACUGCUGACCAU